UCGACGUUUCAUCCAGCUAGUAUAUAUAAAUUCCCCAGGCUUGUCGAUUGUUCUUACCAAUGCAGACUAGGUAACCAUUACACACAGACAAGUGCGUACAGUGAAAUACUAGAUUGCCCAAGUUUUGACAACAACAAUAUGGAGGCAUCGAAGAAAUUAACGUGGUUCGCGCUCGCGUUCACCGUGGUGGUCGCCGCUGCCGGCGGUGUCGUCUCGGCCCAGAACACGGCGCAGGAUUUUGUGAACCUGCACAACUCCCCGCGCGCCGACGUGGGCGUCGGGAGCGUGACCUGGAACACCACGGUGGCGGCGUACGCGCAGAGCUACGCGAACCAGCGCGCCGGCGACUGCCGGCUGGUGCACUCCGGCGGCCCCUACGGGGAGAACCUCUUCUGGGGCUCGGCGGGCUACGCCUGGGCGGCGUCGGACGCCGUGGGAUCCUGGGUGGCGGAGAAGCAGUACUACGACCACGCCACCAACACCUGCUCCGCGCCGUCCGGCCAGUCGUGCGGCCACUACACGCAGGUGGUGUGGCGCGCCUCCACGGCCAUCGGCUGCGCCCGCGUCGUCUGCAGCAACAACGCCGGCGUCUUCAUCGUCUGCAAUUAUUACCCGCCCGGCAACGUCAUUGGACAGAGCCCUUACUAGUACCAAAGCGAUAUAUAUAAUGUGCGUACGUACAUGCAAUCCGGUAUAACUCACAUGCGUUAUGCGCCCCGCAUAUAUGCAUUUCAAGAUUCAUGUAGCUGUGAAAUUUAUUAUAUAUCAAUAAAUCUCGUGGACAUGUGAGACAUAUUA